CGAAGGAGAGGACAGUCUCUGCCUUCGACGUUGUGUGCCCUCAUCUGCCUCCUGUACAACACAGACAUCUCACUCCCUUCAUUCUCAGGAAAUCGACCCCAGGUCUUUAUUUCAUACAUAUACUCUUCUCCUUAACGUCAAUACUUCGCUUCACCAGCUCUUCCGAGCAUCCCCCUCACGAACACCAGCAGCCGACCCACGACAGACAGACAGGCAUGGCAUCUUCACUCUCUCAGCUCUCCGCCUGUGUCACUCGAAUUCUUGCCCUGACCGGUUUCCCCAAGGAGCUUAAGACGAGGGAUAUUCAGGCGGCGUUCGCAGAAUGGGAGAACGCGAGCGGUGGUUUCAAGAUCAAGUGGAUAGAUGACACGAGUCUACUCAUCGUCUUUGUUGACGCUACAGUUGCUAAACGUGCCUAUCUCCACACCUUGGCGUACCCUCCUGCCAUUUUUUCCUCCCCGACUUCCGCCAAUACGGCAAUCAUCAAACCAUAUGACGGACCUGAUGCGCAGUCCGUAAUCCAAACCGUGAAUGCACGCCAGCACACCAGCAAUGGCCGUGGUCACAAUGUCCGCAACUCUGUCUCGCACGGUCGGAACGUGUCCGUCAGCCAUUCCUUUCGCAACAACGGCCAGUCCAACGGCAAUGCCAACGUAGACGCUGCCCGCGAACGCGACCAACCAUCCCCCACUCUCCCCAGCCUUCCGUCCCACCCUACGCUCAAUUCCUUAAUCUCUUCCUCCCUCGGAGACGUCGAAGACCCCUCUGCAGUGGACCCCGCUGUCCUUGCUGCGCAGCCAGAGCACAGCGCUCCGCGCAUCGGCGACCCUGCAAAGCGCAUGCUCGGCGCAGCUAUGGGCGUGCGGCACCCUGCUCUUGGCCCGCGUAUCAUCAACGGCGCAGCCAACGGUGUAGGCGAUAUGCAGAGGGCUAUGGGAGGGCUCGUCGUCGCUGAGUGAAGUUAUAAUCGCGGCGCCGUCGCGGAUCGUUACGUCACAACACGAUGCGCUACUCGUUCACAUCGGAGUUACACCUUUUUGUUCACAGUCGCAGGUUUCUUUCAGGAGGGAUGAGGAUCGUUCGGAGUCAGGCUCAUUGUCAUAAUGUCUAUCGCUGCUCUCUCAGCCGUAAUAACAUCGCACACGGUCCGCCGUACGCUGUGCCCUGACAUCGCCUCUCGUUCCGUCCUCUAAUUUAACUGAUACCGGCAUGGGACCCUUUCGCUUUUACAGAUCAUCUUUGCAUACUAGUCGCCACCUCACCCCCAGCAACGCUCGGAGAACGCUGACUGCAUCUAAGUGUGAUAGAUAUGGUAGAGUCUAGUAACGCUCAAACGCGUGUCUGCCGCUUUAAUGAGCGCGACACCGGCGCUUCUGCAGUACAGCCACUUCGCCCGUGACUAGAUGGGAAGAUGAAGCGUGCAAAUUAAAAGAAGAUCCUUACCAUCUAUGAGGUUGAUUACGACCACUUGCUUAAUGGUUGCUGUACGU